CUCUUCUAGUGUUAGAUGAACAAGUAACAAUCGGAUCCUCAAAUUAAGCUCGAGUAUUUCGUCUCCCAUGGCUGCCAACUCUCUCUCAAGCUCUCUCUCUAUCAAUUUGACCCAAAAUUGUGAACAAACAAAACUGCCUAUAUGACAACACCAGAACGACCACAACCAGAAGUGCCAUCAAUCGACCUCGAGGAGUACUCUGCAUCAAAGACUCUGAUUCCUUUUGACCAACCAGUCCCUCUACUUCGAGGUCCCAUCAAGGCUGGCUCACAAGAAGAAACAGCUGGGCGAUUCAUCCUCGCAUUUAAAGACCCUAUCUCCUGGGCCUCUGCAUACAAGGCUUGUGAGUCUCAAGUCACUCAACAAUGUGAAUCUGGAGCUAGGAUUGGUUGCUCUAUCGCAGCCUCAGACAAAUGUAAAACUCCUUGGUGGAAAUCAUUCACUGGCAGUGCUUCCAAUCAAGACUUUGCAGAGAGGGCGAGAUGUGAAGAACGUGAAAUGGAGGCUUGCCUUGAAGCAGCAAAGGGGAAGUGCCAUGAAUUUGCAAAGCAGAAGUGCUUCCCAGCAUUUUGUGAUGCAAGGAUUGCUGUAAAAGGAUUGAGUCCCAAGGUGAACAAAAACGAGUUAUCCAGGCUAAUUUCUUGGGUGAACUUAGGGGAGAAUUGUCAGAUAGCUGAUCUUUGGAGAUUAGAGAGGCCUUGGCUCGAGUUUAAGGCACAACUAGAAGUGUCUUAUUGCAAAGGGAGUGAUAUAUUAGGUUCAGAUGAGUAACAAAAUUAUGAAUAUUUGAGAACUAAUGUUGAGUAGUUUGAUUUGUCACUGAAGUUCAAUAUGACGGCUCAUGUUCUUGUCUUCUUGAUUCUAUCCUUCAAGAAAUCUUUCUUUUGAUUC